AUGGUGAAACUUCACAUGGGUGUUUGGGCUGGCAUCGCGGCAGGCGGCGUCAUGGUUCUGCUCGUCAUCCUACCGAUCUUUGGCUGGAUGUUCUCGCGAAGCAAAAAAGCGAAGAAGGCUGCGGAGUUAGAGGAAGAGUCGGCAGCAGAGAAGGGCGAUAUUGUUUACGCAGCGCCUGUACCUGCACCAGCACCUGUACCAGCAUCGACGCCAACAAGACCAGUAAAUGCUAUUCUUCAGAAGCCUAGUGCGCAUGUCUACAGCCAGGAGAACGGACUGCGCUCUCAAUCGUCGGCACAGAGCAUGUCCCCAAGCUAUCAAAGCCAGGCCUCGACCAUCGCGCAGCAGUCACCGCUGAGGAACUCGACGUCAAGCCCAUCUUAUUCGCAACCGAUGUGGGUAAAACCAUCACCAUGA